AACUCAGUUCAGCUUUUUGUUUUGUUUUCUGACGACAGGGUGUGCUAGAUUCCCGUCGUGUUCUGGCGUUUGAACGGAGUCGAUUGUUCCCUUUCCAUUUACUUAUAGUUUGCCUGUGCCUUGCAUGGAUGCUGGUAAAGUCCGAAUUGAACCGAAGCUGAGUUGCUGUAGCAGGAAUCGACCAAUACUAACUUAAUUUGUCCGUAACUAAUUACUUGUGUGCAGUGCAGCGAUCGUGCGUGCCGGAGAUAUCCUGAGCCUUGCCGCAGUUUUCGUGGACUAAUAACCUGUAGUGUGGCUGUAGUGUUGUCGACGUUGUUGUUCACCACUGACAGUGGACUCGGCGAUCGCGAACGCGUGGAUACAUAGCUGCUUCAUACGCCGUGCGACGUUCGCUUCUCCCUAGUAGUAGUACUCGUCCCUAGCUAGCGCCUAGUGCUAGACCCUGCUGCACUGCUGAGUCGUGCAAGGAGUCGCGAGAAAAAUUGACUUUUCGCACUAUUAGGCUUUUCCGUUUCAAGAUGGCCCAUGGUAAUGCGAAAUCAGCCAGCAGUGGGCCUCCAAAGUCCUUGCAAGAGAACCAGAACAAUUACAGAUGCAAUGUGUGUGAAGAGGUGUUCACAUCUGGAAUUUCCAUUGAACGGCAUGUAUGUCCCGUGCUGGUAAGCCAGAAAGAAGCGGCCUCGAAACCAUCGGCGGAUAGUUCAAGCAGCUCUCAAACGGCAGCAGCAGCGGGUGGGAAGAGUGAAAAGGCGUCAUCCAAUGGUGAUCUGGCCAAAGGUACUACAUCAGCAGCAGCAGCGUCAGCACCAGGCACAGAAGCAUCGCCGACGGCUGCGGAUGCCAGCAGUACGGCCGCGCCAGAGCUGCGAUGCCUGGUCUGUGGCAAGCUCUUCUUGCGGCUGUACACUCUGCAGAGGCAUGAGCUGAUACACUCAAACUCAAGACCGUUCAAGUGUGAAGUCUGCGGCCUGCACGUUCGCCACCAGUACCGGCUGACCGAGCAUAUGCGCACGCACAAUAAGAGCCUGUCGUUUUCCUGCGAUUUCUGUAGCAAGACCUAUACGAGAAGAGACCAUCUGAAUCGUCACAAGCUGAAAACGCAUCAGAUGAAUGUCACGAUACCGCCAGGUCCCAACGCAAUACAGGCCGAGCCCGCAGAACCGCCUCUUGUCACGAAAGCCUCGGCCAAAACUGCUUGGUCACGGGCCGCCGCCACCAGCGCCGCCGCUAAAUCCAGCAAUGCGGUAAGCCGAUCUGCUAGUAAGCCUGUUUCUAAUUCGAAGCCGAGCUCCGGUGGGGGGAAACAACAACGACAACAACAGCCGCAGCAGGGUGCUAAUUUGGCAGCUAGUGGUGUUCCUAGUGCGCCGGCUAUGCAGGAUCUGCGCCUACCGCAUUCGAUUACAGCAGCACCGGCAGCUAGCGGCCCGGUGCACUUAAACUUAAACUUAAACUACCCCCAGUCCUAGUAGGCCGGAUAUGCUGUAUCCUGGCUCUGAUAUGCUGUAUCCUGGCUCUGAUAUGCUGUAUCCUGGCUCUGAUAUGCUGUAUCCUGGCUCUGAUAUGCUGUAUCCUGGCUCUGAUAUGCUGUAUCCUGGCUCUGACUUGCAUCAGUGCACUACUGGGGAGGUGUUAAUAUGAACUUUCGAAUAUAACCAACAUUGGUAGGGUAUAUUUGGUUCCUUGCAACUCCUGACUAUGUCCAAUUGCCUCAACACACAUCCUCCUAGGCCAGGGCACUCCAUUUAUUUUUUACCGGCUGUCUUGCACGCAAUAAAAAUCUCCACACAUAGUCACCGUAUAUGGAAGCUGUAAGCAAAGCAUUAUCCAGUCACUAUUCUGCCGUAUAUCCGCCAUUGUCUAGGCACCCCCAAACCACGCUACGUAGCAUUGUCUCCGUAUAGAAGCGCACCGUCAUAUUCCUCUUCUCAAGGCUCCUGUAUUGUGAUGAUUCAGUGUCUCCCCGUCAGUAUUCUGUCUCGUGGCUUUUACUUGAACGGGUCGUCAGUGUUUUUCUCUUGGCCCUUACUUGAAGCAGGUGGCUGCCCUGCAUGCUGGACACACAGCUUGUCAUGGGCCUCUGCUUCUGUAUUGUGUUUUUAGCAAUAUUUUUUUACUGGUGCUCAAUCUGUGUACAGUCUUGUUUCAUGCCUAGCUUUGCAGCCACCACCACUCUGGCACAUGGUGCCAGUACAGCUA